AGCCCUGGGAACAACCCUCUCCGACUGUUUGUGCUUACUUUUUGCUUUACUAGUAAAGCCUAAAACAUGUCUGAGACAGCUCCAGCGGCGCCUGCUGCUCCUGCACCUGUGGAGAAGACACCUGUGAAGAAGAAGGCGAAGAAGACCGGCGCCGCCGCUGGGAAGCGCAAGGCGUCCGGGCCCCCGGUGUCCGAGCUCAUCACCAAGGCUGUGGCCGCCUCCAAGGAGCGCAACGGCGUGUCCCUGGCCGCGCUCAAGAAGGCGCUGGCGGCUGCGGGCUACGAUGUGGAGAAGAACAACAGCCGCAUCAAGCUCGGGCUGAAGAGCCUGGUGAGCAAAGGUACCCUGGUGCAGACCAAGGGCACCGGCGCCUCCGGCUCCUUCAAACUCAACAAGAAGGCGGCUUCCGGCGAGGCCAAGCCCAAGGCUAAGAAGGCUGGCGCCGCCAAGGCGAAGAAGCCUGCGGGCGCAGCCAAGAAGCCCAAGAAGGCCACUGGUGGUGCCACUCCCAAAAAAGCGGCCAAGAAGACCCCGAAGAAGGCUAAGAAGCCCGCGGCGGCAGCCGGCGCCAAGAAAGUUUCCAAGAGCCCGAAGAAGGUGAAGGCUGCUAAGCCCAAGAAGGCAGCCAAGAGUCCAGCCAAGGCCAAGGCUCCCAAAGCUAAGGCUUCCAAGCCUAAAGCUUCCAAGCCGAAGGCCACCAAGGCAAAGAAGGCCACCCCUCGCAAGAAGUAGAGUGGCGCGUCCUGCUUUGAAAUCUCAAACGGCUCUUUUCAGAGCCACCCACAGACCUCAUUCAAAAGAGCUGAGCUUUUUCUGGUAAAGUUAUUUUUAGGGUUUUCUCAUGGUGUGUCAGCUGACUCUUGCUGUGUGGUCGGAAGCAGAAUUCUGUGCGUUCUGUUCGUGGGUGGAGUGGGUAAAGCAUUCUGGACCUUCUGUCUAUCCUAACUUCGGGAUAGAUUGCAUCACGUUCAGCUCCAUUUUGGCUCCUAGCCGAUAGUUUGCCUUAUUUUUAUUCACAGCUCCUUGGCGGGACGACAUUGUUUCUGUCACCUAAGAUGUGGUAACGCUUAGAGGUCUCUAGGAAGCUAGCCCGACAAUAGUUGCUGUGGCUGUAGCUGCUGAGUUAAAUUUUAAGUUUUCCUCCGUCUACACGCUCUGGUUUUGAGAAUUAGCCAAUCAGGCCGUCGUUUCAGUCUUGUGUGUGAAAGGUUGCACCAAUCAGAGAGUGUGGUAUUAAGACUUACUUUUAUAUACUGGGACGCUGGCAUUUUCUUUUUUUUCUUUCUGUUCCCACUCCAUUGCUCACCUCAGAGUUCUGGAAUUCUGUCCUAAGAACUUUUUUUCUUGUGUUUGCCGAGAAAUUGCAAGAGCUCCGAUUUCCUACUUUGCCACCCUCGGAGUUUUUAGGGACUGAUCACAUUGUCACUUAAAGUGUGGAUGCUUUUGUAAUAUCCUGGUGCUUAAGUUUUAGUAAAGAAAUCGAACACCAUUGAUAGUUCUGCCCAUUCCUUCCUCAUACAUUGUUCUGAGCUUAUCUGUUCUCCCUUAUUUGGUCAGUAGACCAGUACUAGGCUGAGAACGCGAACCAUUUUGGAAGGUUUGGUUUGCAGCUUGACUUUUUAAAAUUUGAGCAAACAAAACAAACACAUAAAAACACAAACCAACCCGAACUGCCCUGCAGGAAGCUGAUGCAAAUUUGGUGAAUGUUAUUUCCAUUUCAUUAUUGAAAGUAUUAAAGUUUGUGUGUAUAUAUCUA